GCAAACACUGCCUUAGUCCAAUUAAUCUUUCUGCAUCAUUUCUUUGCGGGUAGUGACUUGAUUAUUUAAAAAACAAACUCCAAAGAGCUUUCCUGAAUUGAUGAAGGAGCGGUGUCUGAGAUCUGAAUUUGCACUUGUUUUCGUUGCUGUUGGUGUUGGUGUUUAUUCAGUUCUUUUAUCGAUGUUCAUGAGCUGGAAUUGAAGGGCUCAAUUGUGGGAAAGAGAUUCAUGGAGUGGGCAACGCUUCAGCAUUUAGAUCUCCGGCACGUCGGCCGGAGCUCUAAGACAUUGCAGCCUCACGCCGCAGCUUUCCACCCCAUUCAGGCACUCGUAUCCGUAGCAGUUGGCACCUACGUCAUUGAAUUUGAUGCAUACACUGGAUGUAAGAUCGCUGCAAUAGACAUGGGAUCGCCGGUUGUUCGUAUGGCUUAUAGCCCGACUAGUGGGAAUGCUAUUAUUGCCAUCCUCGAGGAUUGUACAAUUAGGUCAUGUGAUUUUGAUGUUGAGCAAACAUGUGUGCUCCAUUCUCCUGAAAAAAGGACGGAACAGAUUUCUGCAGACACCGAAGUCCAUCUUGCCUUAACUCCCCUUCAACCUGUAGUAUUCUUCGGUUUCCAUCGCAGGAUGAGUGUGACAGUUGUUGGAACUGUCGAAGGUGGUAAAGCACCUACAAAAAUAAAGACAGACUUGAAGAAACCUAUUGUCAAUCUUGCUUGCCAUCCUCGACUUCCUGUUUUGUAUGUAGCUUAUGCGGAAGGUCUAGUUCGAGCUUACAAUAUCCAUACAUAUGCUGUUCUUUACACUUUACAACUCGAUAAUACCAUAAAGCUGAUUGGUGCGGGUGCAUUCGCAUUUCAUCCAACACUGGAAUGGCUAUUCAUUGGUGACAGGCGUGGGACGCUUAUUGCAUGGGACGUAUCCACAGAGAGGCCUAUGAUGAUUGGAAUCACACAGGUUGGUUCUCAGGCUAUUACGUCGCUUUCUUGGCUACCAUUGCUGCGUGCGCUCAUCACUCUGUCCAAAGAUGGAAGCAUCCAAGUGUGGAAAACAAGAGUCAUUCUGAACCCUAACAGGCCUCCAAUGCAGGCUAAUUUUUUUGAACCUGCUGCAAUUGAAUCAAUUGAUAUCCCUCGGAUUCUGUCACAGCAAGGGGGAGAAGCAGUAUAUCCACUUCCACGAGUUAAGGCUUUAGAAGUUCACCCAAAAUUCAAUCUAGCAGUGUUGCUUUUUGCGAAUAUGAGUGGUGGUGACAAUCGGAAAAAUAAAGCUGCAUAUACCAGAGAGGGACGAAAACAACUUUUUGCAGUUCUACAAAGUGCACGAGGAUCCUCAGCAUCUGUAUUGAAGGAGAAACUUUCAGCACUUGGUUCAUCUGGAAUAUUAGCUGAUCAUCAACUCCAAGCAAAGCUUCAAGAACAUCAUUUGAAAGGGCAAAACCAGCUUACAAUAUCAGACAUAGCACGGAAGGCUUUUCUUUACAGUCAUUUUAUGGAAGGUCAUGCCAAGAGUGCUCCAAUAUCUCGAUUACCUCUCAUUACUAUUUUGGACACUAAAAAUUUAUUGAGACAUACUCCUGUAGUCCAGGCAUUCCAUCUGGAGCUAAACUUUUUUAGUAAAGAGAACCGAAUUCUUCAUUAUCCCGUCAGAGCUUUCUAUGCCGAAGGAGUCAACCUUACAGCUUAUAAUCUCUCCUCUGCUGCCGAAACUAUAUACAAGAAGCUUUAUACCUCGAUUCCUGGUAAUGUAGAAUUCCAUCCAAACAACAUUGUCUAUAGCAAAAUGCAACACCUGUUUCUCAUUGUCUAUGAGUUCAGUGGUUCAACUCAUGAAGUGGUUCUUUAUUGGGAAAACAUAGAUCCUCAACUUGCAAACAGUAAAGUCACCACAGCUAAAGGUCGGGAUGCUGCCUUUAUUGGUCGUAGUGAAAAUCAUUUUGCAAUUCUUGAUGAGGAUAGGACCGGGCUUUCUUUAUAUAUGUUGCCGGGAGCAGCUACACAGGAGUCCAAUGAAAAGAAUGGGGCAGUUGAUCUAGACCAGGCUGCAGAAACUGAGGUUGCCAUGGUUAAGGGUCCACAACAGUUUAUGUUUGAAAGCGAAGUUGAUCGGAUUUUUUCUACUCCAAUAGAAUCAACUGUGAUGUUUGCUUCCUAUGGCGUCCAGAUUGGUUUGGCAAAGCUUUUCCAAGGAUACCGUCUCUCAAAUGCUGAUGGACAUUAUAUAUCAACAAAAUCUGAAGGGAAAAAAUCUAUCAAAUUGAAAGUAAAUGAAAUUGUGCUCCAGGUACAAUGGCAAGAAACUCUUAGAGGCUAUGUUGCCGGUGUACUAACCACACACAGGGUGCUUAUUGUCUCAGCAGAUCUUGAUAUAAUUUCAUGCAGUUCUAGAAAAUUUGACAACGGGCUUCCUUCAUAUAGAUCCCUUCUAUGGGUUGGCCCUGCACUUCUCUUUUCUACUACUACUGCUGUUUGUGUCCUUGGUUGGGAUGGAAAAGUGAGAAGUAUUCUUUCCAUUAGCAUGCCCAAUGCAGUUCUGAUUGGAGCUUUGAAUGAUCGAUUACUGCUUGCAAACCCUACAGAUAUAAAUCCUAGACAAAAAAAGGGAAUUGAAAUUAAGAAUUGCCUUGUUGGGCUUCUUGAACCACUUCUAAUUGGGUUUGCCACAAUGCAACAAUACUUUGAGCAGAAGCUUGAUCUCUCUGAAGUACUAUAUCAGAUAACCACCAGGUUUGAUAGCUUGCGGAUCACUCCAAGAUCACUUGAUAUACUUGCCAGUGGCCCUCCAGUUUGUGGUGAUCUUGCUGUAUCUCUAUCCCAAUCUGGCCCACAAUUCACCCAGGUAUUGCGAGGAACAUAUGCAACCAAAGCACUGCGGUUUUCUACUGCUUUAUCAGUUUUGAAGGAUGAAUUUUUGCGAUCUAGAGAUUAUCCGCGGUGCCCCUCAACAUCUCAUCUUUUUCACCAAUUUCGACAGUUGGGAUAUUCUUGCAUCAAGUAUGCACAGUUUGAUAGUGCAAAAGAAACUUUUGAAGUCAUAUCAGACUAUGAAAGCUUGCUAGACCUAUUUAUCUGCCACCUUAAUCCUAGUGCUAUGAGGAGACUUGCCCAGAAGUUGGAAGAAGAAGGUGGGGAUCCAGAGUUGCGGCGAUAUUGUGAACGGAUUUUGAGGGUGCGCUCUACAGGGUGGACACAAGGCAUAUUUGCAAACUUUGCUGCGGAAAGUAUGGUUCCUAAGGGACCUGAAUGGGGCGGCGGUAACUGGGAGAUUAAGACGCCAACCAACAUGAAGAGCAUACCGCAGUGGGAACUGGCUGCUGAGGUGAUGCCCUACAUGAGAACCGAUGAUGGAAUGAUCCCAUCUAUCGUAACAGAUCACAUCGGUGUGUAUCUGGGCUUAAUCAAAGGAAGAGGAAAUGUUAUUGAAGUGAGAGAGGAUGCUCUGGUUAAAGCAUUUAAAGCUGAUGGACAGCAACCAUCUACAGUAAUGUCCAACCAGUCUGCUAAAGGAGUGCCUGUGAGUGAAUCAAAGGGUGGUGAUUUUAUGAUGGGCAUUGAAAGUCUUUCUAAACAGUUUUCGGCCUCUAAUGCUGCUGUAGUAGAUGAGCAGGCGAAAGCCGAGGAGGAAUUCAAGAAAUCACUCUAUGGUCCAGCGGCUGAUGGUAGCAGUAGUGAUGAAGAAGAAACAUCAAAAAAGAAAAAGUUCCUAAUUAAAAUCAAGGACAAAUCUGUUUCUUCCACUACUGUAGAUGUGGAUAAGAUUAAAGAAGCCACAAAACAAUUGGGUCUGCCAAUGACCAGAACCAAGUCACUUACAGGUUCAUCACCCGAUCUUGGACUUUUGGCUCCUGUACAACCUCCUGCUGUUUCUUCUCCUGCUGACCUCUUUGGAACAGAUUCACUUAUACAACCUGUGUUGCCACCGCCUGCUCUUUCAGUUAAGGGAGUAGGAACCAAGUCACUUACAGUGCAGCCAAUUCCUGAGGAUUUCUUUGAGAAUACUAUAUCAUCUGUUCAUGUUGCUGCUUCAUUGCCUCCUCCUGGGUCAUUAUUGUCAAAAUAUGAUCAAAGUUCUAAGGGAGUCGAAAGCGAUAAAGUUGAAUUGAACCCUGCAGGUGUUAUUCCUGCUGAUAUUAGUCUUCCUGGUGGAGGAGUUCCCCCCCAAGCACCUACUCAACCAACCGGCUCAACUGAGUCUUUUGGACUUCCAGAUGGUGGCGUCCCACCACAAUCCGUUACUCAUGUGAUGCAGCCACCCUCUGCCAUUCAACAACCUCUGUUUCAGAUGGCACCGACCUCAACAGCAACACAACACCUUGACCUCAGCGCUCUUGAAACUCCUGGAGCUUUACAACCGCUUUCUGCACGUCCAACUUCUCCAAAAGCUGCUCGUCCUGGACAGGUUCCUCGCGGAGCUGCUGCUUCAGUUUGCUUCAAGACUGGACUUGCGCAUCUUGAGCAGAAUCAGCUUCCAGAUGCAUUAUCCUGCUUUGAUGAAGCCUUCUUGGCAUUGGCUAAGGAUCAAUCUCGUGGAGUUGACAUCAAAGCUCAAGGAACAAUAUGCGCCCAAUACAAAAUCGCAGUCACUCUUCUUCAGGAAAUCAACCGUCUGCAGAAAGUCCAAGGCACUAGUAGUGCAAUAAGUGCUAAAGAUGAAAUGGCAAGAUUAGCACGUCACUUGGGUUCGUUGCCACUUCUGGCUAAGCACAGGAUAAAUUGCAUCCGGACAGCCAUCAAGAGGAACAUGGAUGUUCAGAACUAUGGUUAUGCCAAACAGAUGCUUGAGUUGCUGCUGUCCAAGGCGCCUAUAAGCAAACAAGAUGAGCUCCGAAGCCUGAUUGAUGUUUGUGUCCAAAGAGGCUUGUCCAACAAGUCAAUCGAUCCACUAGAAGAUCCUUCUCAAUUUUGUGCCGCCACGCUUGGCCGUUUAUCAACCAUUGGAUAUGAUGUUUGUGACCUCUGUGGGGCCAAAUUCUCUGCUCUAUCUACGCCCGGAUGUAUAAUCUGUGGUAUGGGCAGUAUUAAAAGGUCAGAUGCUCUUGUAGCAGCGGUUCCCUCCCCAUUUGGCUAAGUGAGAAAUACGUAUAUGGGAAGUGUUGGUUCUUUGUUUGACCGAAGUGAAAACUCGGGGUAAUAGUGUGUAUAGCAUAUAUAUGGCUGGGUAGUGCAUGUUUUGAUUUUCUGUAUUUUAUAGUAUUCAUUUUCUUAUUUUAUUAAUAUUCCUCUUCCCUCAUUACAUACCAUUGGUUUUGCCACAUUUUUAAACCGGCUGUUCAAGUAAAUAUUAACAAUAUGCAUCUUCAUUUUUAUAGUUCCCCGCAUGUCGCUAUUGUGCAUUUGUGCUUUACUAUUAGCUUCACUCAAUUUAUAA